AACAUCAUAGACAUCUUUGUCAUUUGGUCGGAUGCCAUAUCAAAAAAUGCAGAAACAAAACGACCAUGUCUCUUUUUGGCAUACGGCAAAAGCCGUCUUAAGACCAUGUUUUAUUUCCACACCACAAGCCAACAAAAAAACCAAAACCCAAAUCAAACAAAUGUAAUAAACCUCAAAAAUAAUAUAAAAAAGGCUUUAAAAUUGAGAUUCAACAAGCAACCAAACAGAGCCAUUAGUUCUUUCGCUUCUUCGUCUCCUGUAAUGGCUCGUUCCAUUUCUUCUCCUUUCUUUUCCCACACCUUCCCUUAUUCUUCUCCUGCAACUUCUAACUCUCGUCUCAACCGUGGGUGCACCCUUUCUCCACGCCCCCAUGCUUUUGCUUUCUUUACAAACUCCUCUAAAAACAACAAUAGCCUCACAACUCCUCUUUCACAAGAAAAAAGUGAAAAACUUUCUUCAGAAAAGAAGUCUUUUGCCGUGGCAACAGGGGAGCUUUUCUUGGGAAUUGCUUCCAGAUUAAUAAAAAGCAAUUCUAAUUACGAAAAACCAGGCUCAACAAUCCAUGACACACCCAGAAAAAUAAUUAAUGAGAGCGAGCUUGGAAAUAGAGAAAACAAUGAUGAGAGAAUUGGGUUAGUGAUGGAAGAUGAGAUAGAGCCAGAUGUGAUAUGGGAACAAAGAUUUAAGGAUAUUGAAGCUGAGAAAGAAAGAAGAGUGGUUACAAGCCCUGGGUUUAGCUUUUCUGCUGCUGGCCUUUUGUUUCCUUAUCAUCUUGGGGCUGCCCAGUUUCUCAUUGAAAAGGGUUACAUAAAGGAAACCACACCACUGGCUGGUUCAUCUGCUGGUGCCAUAGUAUGUGCAGUGAUUGCUUCUGGAGCUGGCAUGGAUGAAGCCCUAAAAGCUACAAAGAUCCUGGCUGAUAAUUGUCGGCUUAAAGGGACUGCAUUUCGUCUUGGGGCUGUUCUCCGAGAUGUUCUUGACAAGUUUCUGCCUCAUGAUAUUCAUACUAGGUCCAAUGGGAGGGUUCGUGUUGCUGUAACUCAGAUUCUUUGGAGGCCUAGGGGUUUACUGGUGGAUCGGUUUGACUCCAAAGAAGAUCUCAUCAAUGCAGUCAUUACCUCUUCCUUCAUUCCGGGGUAUCUUGCUCCUCGCCCAGCAAAAAUUUUUCGGAAUCGUCUAUGCAUUGAUGGGGGUUUGACAUUAUUUAUGCCCCCAACAUCUGCUUCUAAAACGGUCCGUGUUUGUGCUUUUCCAGCCAGCCGAUUGGGAUUGCAAGGAAUUGGGAUUAGUCCAGACUGCAAUCCUGAGAAUAGGGCUACCAAUAGAGAGCUUUUCAACUGGGCACUGGAGCCAGCAGAUGAUGAUAUUCUUGAUAGGCUCUUUGAGCUUGGAUAUCUAGAUGCAGCUGUGUGGGGGGAGCAUAACCCUGUUGACAACAUUGUUGCAGAUGAAAGUCCCCUUGUUGAGAAUGGUUCUGCAAAGUAAAUAUCUUUUGUAUGGAUAGGAUUUUAGGGCCACUCACGCCCCUCCAGGUUUCUUUUUUCACAUCCCCUGGCAAGUAGGACAAUUGAAUUUCAUUUGGAUCGAUAAGGCUGGGCUAAAAUAUAGUAAUAGUAGCCGAUAUUAUACUAAUUUUUAUGGUAUGAAUUUGUCAAAGGACUGUAAGAUAUCAUCGGCUUGUUAUUUUUUGCAUAUUCUUGGUUAAAAAGCCCCAUUUUCCCCUAUUCAAAUCUUUCUUUCAAGCAAAUAAUUCACGGAUUUCUUUGUAUAAUAGCAUGCGCUACAGUACCAAUCGUACUCAGGAAGGUAGAAAAUAUGUUCCUCCCACAUGGUCCAGGCCUUUAAUAAGAAUAUGAUACAAGUAAUAAUCUUGCUUUCAUGGUUUCUUCCAAAUAGUAGUCUUGGAAAGGAACAUUAAUAUGUCGAGGAAAACACUAAUCAUUUAAUACACAA